AUGAAGUCUACUCAACUAUCCCCCUUGCUUUUGUCUUUGUUGCCACUCACUCAAGGAAUUUCUCUCAACAGGAGAGACAAUGGCCUCGAGCCUCGUGUUAUGAGCGUCGAGAUCCAGAGGCGGACAAUACCUGAUCCUAUUUCCAAUGAUCGAAGACGUCUUCGCAAGCGAGACGGGACGAUAGAAAUUGGUAUUGACAAUGAACAAUCUCUAUACUUCCUCAAUGCAUCAUUGGGAACGCCACCUCAAGAUUUCCGCCUCCAUCUCGACACUGGAAGCAGUGAUCUAUGGGUCAAUGCUGAAGGCUCAAAACUAUGUUCUACUCACGCAAAUAUAUGCAGCGAGUCUGGACUAUAUAGCCCCAACAAGUCGUCGACUUAUGAGUACUUGAACAGCGACUUCAACAUCUCCUAUGCCGAUGGCUCUGGUGCUUCCGGAGACUAUGCUACCGAGACAUUCCGCAUGGGUAGUGUAAAGCUUGAGGAUUUACAGUUUGGUAUCGGAUAUGUUACAUCUGACAACGAAGGCGUCCUUGGUAUUGGAUACAAGAGCAACGAGGCUCAGGUCGGCCAACUCAACCGAGACGCCUACGAUAACUUGCCGGCCAAGUUGGCUUCCAAGGGCCUCAUCGCUUCUAAUGCUUACAGCUUGUAUCUGAACGACCUCGAAUCUGCCACUGGAACCAUCCUAUUUGGAGGCGUGGACCAGGAGCAGUACACCGGCGAUCUAGUCACUCUCUCUAUCAACAAGAUGAAUGGCGAGUUUUCCGAGUUCUCCAUCACACUACAGAGCGUCAGCGCAGACUCAGAAACCAUCGUUGACAACCUCGACCUCGCUGUUAUCCUCGACUCUGGCUCAACACUGUCAUAUCUCCCAGCCACACUUACAUCAGACAUAUACGACAUUGUUGGCGCUCAGUACGAGGAGGGCCAGUCUGUGGCAUACGUUCCCUGCGAUCUUGGAAACGAUUCCGGAAACUUGACGUUCAAGUUCAAAGACCCAGCAGAGAUCUCAGUGCCAUUGAGUGAGCUGGUUCUCGACUUCACCGACGUGACAGGGCGUCAACUAUCCUUCGACAAUGGCCAAGCAGCCUGUACCUUUGGGAUAGCACCCACCACAGGAGACAUUUCUAUCUUGGGUGACACGUUUCUCAGAAGCGCCUAUGUUGUUUUCGAUCUUGACAAUAACGAGAUCUCACUAGCACAGAGCAACUUUGACGCUACAAAAUCCCAUAUCCUCGAGAUCGGUACCGGAAAGAAUGCUGUUCCUACUGCCACUGGCAGUGGUUCUUCUGAUAACAAGGAAAAUGCCGCUGCGUCACUUUCACCAUUAGGAGCCGACGCAGCUAUUUCUAUGGUUGCUGGGGCCUUUGCCCUCGGGUUUGCUUGGAUGCUUAUUUAA